GGUGGGGAGGGUGACGGAAGAGAGAGUUUUGUGUUGCUCUCGUUUCGUGCACUCCUACGGUCUCACGGUUUGUUUUUUUGUUGGACCGUCACGGUCACAUAAUUGCGGUGUAUAAUAUCCUGUGCUGUGUCUUUCAGCCCUGACCAAGCAAUGGAAGAUAUGAAUAAUCCUUCACACUCAAUGGGAGUUGGGCAACCACACCAUCCAACUAAUCACACAAGACCAUUUUUCUAUGUUCAACCACCAACUCAACCUUAUUAUAAUAUGUACCAAUGGAAUAUGAACCCAUAUGGCCAGUAUGGUCUUCCCCCAUCAGUUAUUCCUUACGUGCGUCCAUAUAUGGCUCCAUAUCCAUAUACUGGUAUGCAGUAUCCUGGCUAUGUGGUUCCCCAGGCUCCGAUGCAGCCUGUUGAUUACAGUAGGGUGUUUAACCCCCACAUCUCCUCUGCGACCUACGACGUCCAGUACCGCCACCACUACCAGCAACAGGCCUGUGUACUGCGAGAGACCGCAUGUUCAGAGGUUCAAACUGAUCCGAGCGACACUGUCCACAAGCUGAUCGACAGUCUGGACAGGCUCAGAACCAAUGAGAAGCCACCUGAAGACAGUGAGCUAAACCCUAAAUCUGACCUAGGGUCCCUAACCUCUGAGACAACCAUUUCUUCCUCUGGGAAUGUGGAAAAGGAAUUCAGUGGGAAGGGUAGGGAGCUGGAGUUGAGACCUCUGCCACAGAGACAACCCCAGCAGGGUAAGAGGAGGCAGAGGGACUCCCCUCUGUCCAGCAGCGUAUUCAGUGACUCCACUAUUACAGCAGUGGUCUAUGAUGCAGAAUCUAGCCAGAGCUGCCUGGAGAUGGCCAAGCAGAAUUGCUGGUCCCUGGGCUCUGGGGUGCUGCCCAUCGACAGCUCUUCUGUCCAUGAGGAGGAGAGUCUGGAGGAGUCUAGGCAGCAAUGCCACUCUGAGACGCUCCACCUGAAUACUGAAGAACCUGGGAUAGAGGGGCAGUCCAGAGAACAUCCUAAUACUACAGAGGAUGUAAAAUGUGACUCUGGGGCCUUGACACAGAGCCUUGAACUGAAUGGUGCGUCACAUGACCACCACUCACUUGACUGUCUGGCUCCAGAACUAGAUUGCGACAAGGUUCUGAUUCCAUCCCACUCCGCCUCUGCUCUGAAGGACCCUGUAGAAAAUCUAGCCUCCAAGGCAGAGUCCUCUGACUUGCCUUACAGAACCCUCAGGCUGCCCUGUGAUCAGGUUACAGGCAUGCUGCUGGACGAUCCACUGUGGUAUGUUGACUCUGCUGCGUCCAGUCUGGUGCCUCCACCGCAAAGCCAUCUGUCCCCGCUUGGGAGUGCCUACUACUGUAGCUACUACCCGCAAGUGGCCCAGGAGCGCCAGAGUGUUCUCAGCCCAUCCAUAGACGAGCUCUCCUCAAGAGACGAGCUCUUCUCCACUGAUAUCGAAGAUGUGGACCUUAUCUCUGGUGGUCACCUGUAUGUGGGAGGCGGCAAGCUAGCCGAGGCAACCUGCGACACACCUGACCUCUCUGGUAAGGAAAACGUACCAACUCAAUCCAACCCAGUAGAAGGGUUUCCAGCUUGUUCUAAGACCUGUCUCAGCUGUGGCCUGAGCCUGGCGGAAGAGUCGAGGCCAGGCGACUCACAAGGGCCAUGCCGUUAUGUUGAGCGGGAGGAAACGGAUGAAGAUGCACUAGAGGAAGAUGACUACAAUGAGGGAGGGGAGCUGUUGAGCGCCUGUCAGGUGCCUGUGAAGAAGCCACAUCACCCUAACAGAGUGCCUCAGCCCUCUGCUCGCCAGUUUCCUAACAGUAAACCAAAGAGGGGCUGCUGUGAGGACCACCAUGAAGUCAUGUGUCACGAAGAGCAGGAGCACGGUUACCUCUGGAGUUUUGACUACUGUGAGGACCAUAAAGCUACUGUCAAAGCUGACAAGUAUAAAGGGAAAGGAGGACAAAGAAAUGCCCCAUGCAGGCCUUAUAAUGAGAAACCUUGGAGAGAGGGCACUAUGGCAUCAGACCAAGAUAGCUGGGGGAGUUCUGGUGCCAAAUAUAAGCCAAAGUCUUGGAGACCGUACAAUGGGUCCCAAGAACAAAUGAGACCCCCACGCAGAAGGCCAUUUGUUCAGCAGAGGCCCCGAAGGACUGACUAUGACGAUCAUGAAGAAUCAGAGUUCUCUCGCUGCCAGAGGGGCAGAGGGACCACAAAGAGAAGGGGCACAAGAUAUUAGCCUAUUUAAGAAUUGCACCGCUCCUAAUAUAUUUAUUCUAAAUGUAUUACCUAAUAUAGAAAUUCACUUGCACUAUGAAAUGCACACAAAACACAUUGUAAUAAAUUAAUAGACACUCGUAAUGUUUGUAUACGUGGUUAAAAAAGAAUCUCAGGCGGCAGUUCAACAACUAGCUACACAGUAGAUGCCUGCAUUUCCAUUGCUUGAUGGUAGUCAUGUUGGACGCUGUGUGUUCAUCCUAAUCACAGCCUGGGCUGCAGCCUCACUGACCGUACUGUGACGCUAACCCCCAUGUUGACCUGCAGACCAGAAUGGACCUGGGAGGUGUAGGUCCAGUCUACUCUGCAGCUUUUAAACUCUUUUCAGUGUCUGUGUCGUUCACUGAGGAUGAAGCCCAGGUAAUAAGAUGUAUCAAGCAGUGGAAAUGCAGUGGCAAAAUAAUUGUUGGGCUAGUUUGGAGCUAAGAGCCAGGCAGUCUAAAUGUGUCUUUUUAUUAUUGUGCAGAUAUUUUAAGCAUUGCAGUGUAAUGUUGACAAACUGACAUCUACUUGUCUGCACAGUGUUGUUGUGUCAUUAAAAUCCUUGCAUUGCACUUUAAAAAAUGACUUAUUAUUUUAAGAGACGAGGGCUACAUUCAUCAUGAAGAAUACUUUGCUGCCUCAGUUUCAUGAAAGGUGUGGAUGGUGCUCUACAAGUUGGCUCAGUAAUUGAAAGGCCCAAAAUGUAAUUGAUGGCUAUCCUUGCAUUAUGGACUUCAUGGAAGAGCAGACCACUUCACAUCUGUACUAUUGUAACAGUCUUAAUCAUUGGCAUGUCUAUGAA